GUUUCUCCCUUUCUUGUAGCACCAUUACAACAAUGGCGUCCUGUAGUGGGGACUCUGCUGCAGUAACUGAAGAAGAACCAACUGAAACUCUUUCUUCCCAGAAAAGAGAAGCGAGACUCAGAAAAUUCCGGGAGUUACAUUUCAAACGGAAUGAAGCACGUAAACUUAAUCACCAGGAAGUGGUGGAGGAGGACAAAAGGCUGAAACUACCCUCAAACUGGGAGGCUAAGAAAGCCCGACUGGAGUGGGAGCUUGCUGUGGAUGAAAAGAAAAAGGAAUGUGCUGCCAGGGGCGAAGACUAUGACAGAGUGAAACUGCUGGAAAUUACUGCUGAUGAUGCAGAGCGGUGGGAGAGAAAGAAAAAGAAGAAAAAUCCAGAUACAGGAUUUGCAGGCUAUGCCGAGGCUCAAUUCCGACAGUACCAAAGGCUCACCAAGCAAAUUAGACCAGACUUGGAAAGCUACGAGAAGCAGAAGGAAGACUGUGGUGAGGACUUCCACCCCACAUCCAAUAGCCUAAUUUACGGCACCCAUGUUCCCACAAAGGAGGGCAUUGACCGCAUGGUGGAUGAUGUUGAGAAACAGAUUGAGAAGAGAGCCAAAUACAGUCGACGCAGGGCCUACAAUGACGAUGCAGACAUCGACUACAUCAAUGAAAGGAAUGCCAAGUUCAACAAGAAGGCUGAACGCUUCUAUGGCAAAUACACCGCAGAGAUCAAACAAAAUUUGGAGAGAGGCACAGCUGUCUGAUGGGUGGAUGGUGGUUUGUCUUUAUCCAAGAGUCUUGGAUUGAUCUUUUAUGUAAUUUCUAUUUUACACGUCUACAUAUCUUAAAUAGCUAGUAGUAUAAAGCAACAAUUUUACACAAUACUUUAGUCAUUCUGUGCUAAACAUAAUUCAGUUAUUUGUAUGAUAUGUAAAUUGUGGUCCCUCUGUACAGUAUUUGAGUUUAAAAAGGCACAGUUGUGGUUAUCUUUUUCCAUUUCUUCUUAAAUAAAUCAUCUUCAACCCCCA